AUGAAAACGUCUCCCAAGGUAGAUGAAAGAUUGAAGAUUCUUGGCAAGCGCCUUUCUAACAAGCUACUAGUGAUCGUGCAGCAGCAAACAGAGGCACCAAGUCUAUCGUCCAGAUUUCACGGUCCAACAUUUAUCGCUUUGAUGACCCAAACUUCGCAGCGCCGGUCUUCCGUGAUGUUGAACGGACUAUUGACGAGGGACUGGCUCGAAGCAAAAGAUAGCCCUUUGGCAGAUUGCGCUUUAGACACUCCUAGGUCACCUACGCAUAACCCCUCCUCUACUCUUACCUGGAGGACUACUCCUUUCCUCUCAGACCCUCCACGCGACCCACACAACUGUGUGGCUUUUGUAUCAUUCGCGCAUCGGUCCCGCGGAGUCAAAGAAGAAGAUCGUAUCACCCUUCGAGAAAGUAUGCUUGGAGAGUACGACUUUCUAAAUAUCCAGCCGAAAGGUGGAAAGGUGAAGACUCCCGUUGAAAUUGCACAGGACGAAGUGAAGAGGGGCAUCUUUAGGGACCUAACUUCGAGACUAGGUCUUUCCUCCCCGUUGGAUCUACCUUUGAUAGCUUUAUCAACUGGCCAGACGCGUCGAGCACGCAUUGUGAAGGCUAUUUUGUCUGAACCAGAGCUCCUCGUACUCGACGAACCUUUAAGUAUCAAAGAUGAAAUCAUGUCCAAGCAUGCGGAACAUCACGCAAACGCAAAGGAAGCGGGGCAUAGUAUGGCAAGCACCACUCAGUCAUAUCUGCAGUCUGGCCUUGAUCAUGGAAAGCCAGUAGUUGACAUGAAGAACGUGCUCAAAAAUAUCAAUUGGACCAUCCGUGAAGGCCAGCGCUGGCAUCUUCAAGGCGCAAAUGGUUCCGGGAAAACUACACUUUUUUCGCUCCUGACUGGCGACCAUCCCCAGUCUUACACUCAGCGAGAUGAUUCGAAUCUGGAGUUGUUCUCUCGGCCUCGGCAGCGUAUCCCUACUCCACUCUUACGUUCGCUCAUCGGCAUCGUUUCACCAGAGCUUGCGAAUGCGUACCUGCGACACGCCGAUGUCAGUGUGUUUGACGUCGUAGGCACGGGAUUCGAUGGUGGUUUCAUCCUUGGUGGAAAGGACGGCGUCGGGAUAGGUCUAGAGGGUGCACUCAGCGACGAAGUCAGACAAUAG